AUGAUGAUUGCAAAGGAAUAUAGUACAGAAGUCUGUGGCAAGACAGCAAUUUGUACUUGUAUCUUGAAACUUCUUCAACAAGAUUUUUAUUUUGGAUUAUUCAUAGGCUCAACUAAUGGAUGUGAGAGAACUUCUUUUGCAUUUUUGCGACAAGAACUUCCUGUGAGGUUUGCAAACAUACUGAAAGAAAUUGAUCUUCUUCCUGAUAAAUUACUAGGCACUCCAUCAGUACAACUAGUAAAAAGCUGGUACAUCCAAAGUCUAAUGGAGCUGGUUGAGUUCCAUCAGAAAAGCCCAGAUGACCAAAAAGUCUUAUCUGACUUUAUAGAUAAAUUAAUUAGAGUCCGAAACAGACAUCAUGAUGUGGUUCCUACAAUGGCACAAGGAGUAAUUGAAUACAAAGACACUUUUAAAGUAGAUCCUGUCACCAAUCAAAACAUUCAGUAUUUUUUGGAUCGUUUUUACAUGAGCCGUAUUUCUACCCGGAUGCUAAUGAACCAACACACCCUUCUUUUUGAUGAUAAAUCCCGCUCAGGGCACCCAAGGCACAUUGGAAGUAUUGAUCCUUGCUGUGAUGUUGUUGAAGUAGUGAAUGAUGCUUUUGAAAGUUCCAAGAUGUUGUGUGACCAGUAUUACUUAACAUCUCCAGAACUGAAACUUACUCAAGUGAAUGGAAAACUUCCAGGAGAGCCAAUUAACAUCGUAUAUGUUCCAUCUCAUCUUUUUCACAUGCUUUUUGAGCUCUUUAAGAAUUCAAUGAGGGCAACCGUUGAAUUCCAAGAAAACAGUCCUUCCCUUUCUCCAAUUGAAGUGACAGUUGUUCUAGGACAAGAAGACCUGGCAAUUAAGAUCUCAGACAGAGGAGGUGGUGUUCCAGUACGGAAAAUUGAGCAGCUCUUUAGCUACAUGUAUUCCACAGCACCAAGGCCAAGGAUGGAUGAUGGUCGAAAUACCCCUCUUGCUGGUUUUGGGUAUGGCUUGCCAAUUUCUCGUCUGUAUGCUAAAUACUUCCAAGGAGAUCUAAAUCUCUACUCCAUAUGUGGUUAUGGAACAGAUGCUAUUAUCUACUUGAAGGCCCUAUCAACAGAAUCAGUAGAAAAACUCCCAGUUUUUAACAAAUCGGCUUCCAAGCAUUACCAAGCUACCUCAGAGGCGGAUGACUGGUGUGUCCCAAGUAAAGGCCCAAAGAAUCUAUCUAAGCAGAGUGCAGCUCUAUGA